AUGGAUCCUCUUGGAGUGACAGCACCAAUUGUGGAUGCCCUUUCUCUUCCAAGAUGGAGUACAACUCCAGUUCCGUCUUACGAAAUCAUGCCGUCAAAUAGCAGGAGGACCGAAAAUCCAUUCCCUGUUCGACAAGACCUAAACAGUAAAGUGGCGCUUUGGUGGGUGUUUAUGUCUGUAGUGUUAGAUAAAUAUGGGUAGCUUUAUAAUGGUACGCUGCGUUGUUAUGCUAAUUUUGCACACAGGUAAACUUGCCACAGCGUAACCUAAUAACUUUAUAUCUCACUUUGUUUCUUAGUGAACCAUUAGUUUUCUUUAGUUUAGUAUUGGUUUCAUAAAUUUACCGGGUAGUCAGAGUAAUUCAAUGGAGAAAGUUAUUUCUAUCAUUUUGACAGCUAUUGUACAUGUACAGUAUAAUGGUAUAAGCCCUUGAUUUUAUAAUUACUCGAGGUUGCGUAGCACGGAGAGUCGUAAUCUGCAAGCCGUUUUCUUUUCUUCUUAUUUAGUACACGAGGGGAGUCAUGGUCCCAGGUGUUCUUAGCUGAGACCGUGGAAACUGGGGAUAAGAAUCGUGACGACUUUCAUUUUAUGCAAAUGCAACGUGUGAUGAGCAUGUGGUUUAUUUUUAGGGAUGAUUGAAGUGACCCGCCUAGUUGAACAUGUUUUGGCUUUUUGGCAAUGAUGAAAUUUUCCCCAAAUCAAGGCCCUUGAUUUUUGUGUAUGCAUAUAUGCGUUUUAAAGAGUAAAUAUCCUGGGGAAUACUUGACCAAAAUCCAGUUUCAUGGUAUGUUGAGGCGUUACCUUUCUCAGAAUAUUGACGCAAUCACUGGAACGCUGUGGUCAAAUAGAUUCGAUAUUGCAGAUUCAACUGGCGCACACUGCUGAAGCCAAUAAUUUCCCAUCAAUCACACAGUUACACAUAAACCCUUGCUGUUGUUAUAAGUGCGCACAUGUGACAUUCCACUUAUAAAGUGCAUCUGCACAGGUGCUCAGCUUUGAGAUAUUACCUUGUUUGGAGCAUGACGAAAUUUAAAAGUACAGUAAGUUGGAAGAUUUUAUGCGCAACCACCCUUGAGCUGCAGUAUCAAGAUCUUAACACUGUUAAGUGGUCUGCAUGUUUUUAAUAAUACAUGUUUGGUUCUUCCAGGUCAGGUGAUAUAACUAAACUAAACACCAUAGCGAUAGUAAAUACAACAAAUGAAUCCCUCAGUAGCAAAGGAGUAUUGAGUGAAAGGAUCCACAGAGCUGCUGGUCCAGAGUUGUUACAUGAGUGUAGAUCACAGUUACUUGGUAUGGACAUAGUUUCUGAGAUAAAUAAGUGUUAUUAUAGUAUAGUUAAAUCAAGUUUUUUGGAGUCCAGUUUUCCCAAAACACCACAAGCAAACCUUUGAGCAAUACCAUAUGAUACCACCCUGUUUUUUGGAAGGAUUUCCAUUACACUCAGGACUGCCAUUAAGAUUUUGAAUUACCAGGUAAAUAUACUUGUAAGUAGGUGGGGAAUUAAGCAACUGGCAAUUUCUUUUGGUUCUAUAUUUUUUGGUAGCCAGGGGAGAUCCCCAGCCCCAACCUUAAAUAACAACCCUGAUUACCUCUAGGCCAUAAAGUGUUAGAAGGGAGGAACUCUCACUAGUCUCUCAAACUUCUAGGUAAUAAUUUGCUCCAACACUGACUGCCCUCUCACAGUCAAAACUGGUUUUCCCCACCAUGUUUGAAACUCCUGGCAAUUUGAAUCGAUUUGUUUUUCCCAAGAUGGUUCUAAAAAUUGUGGAUUCCGCCAUGCGGUCUUAGUAUUCAUACCAGAAUCCCAUACUAGUGAAUGGACAGUGUAGUUUCUUUUUCCGUACAACAUUUGUUUUAAAAAAAAGUUAAAAAUGGUAACAGAGAACAGCUGUAGUAGUCAAAUUAGUACUGUCACAAUGAUAAUCAAUUAGUUGUCAAGAAUUCCUGUUUAUUAUUUUUUCUAGGUUGUAGGACUGGAGAGGCUAAAAUAUCAAAAGGCUAUAGUUUACCAGCUAGGUGAGUGAGUUGUUAGGGUGGUACCGGAGGCUAAUUUGGGCAUUUUUUUGUCAGUUUUAGCCGUAUGAGAAUAUCAUUUUAAGCAUUUAGUGAAAAUAAAGUGAAAUGUUUGGAUGCAAGUCAUAAGUGAAUGGGGAUUAAAAAAUCACAUCUUCUUUCGGAUAACCAUUAAGGAGUGUGUGGAAUUGUUAAAAAUUUAGGGUGUGGUUGAAAUUGCCAUUUUGGAUAAAAUUGGCUCUAAAUUCAAAAGGAUUAUGUGUAAAUAUUAUUCAAAAUAAAAAGACACACAUGUAUUGUAGAUUCAUAAAAGAAAGAUUUACAGUGCAAUGUGCCAGAAAAUAUUGAAUCUGGACAAUUUUAGGGCAAUUAAAAACAAAAAAAACUAAAUCUGGUGUGAAUGCAAUACCUUGUCACUUCCAAAAUACAAAGUGGACUGUAGUGCCUUCUGCUGCCAAAUUUCGUCAUCUUGUCUAGAUAACGCCUGCUAAGUUUUGUGGGAAUUGAAUGAAUCUUUGAGGAGAAAACUAUCAAACACUGCCAGCCACAGGCUUAAAAGAAAAGUUUUUUUACAUGCACUAGAACUAAAAAUCAUGUUAGCUGACUUGGUCACCAUCUUGGAAGAGCCUGUAAGAAAGUUUUUGAAUGGAAAAACUCUAAAUACUGCCCUAUAUACGGUCAUGUUCACCAUAAAUGGCUGGCUGUUUUUGCCGCAAAACCAAUCAGAGGUGCAGGUAUAAAAAAAAAUGAUUCCUUUUGCUUCACAAUGAUGUCCUGGAGUGCUCCUGUACCACCUUGAGGGACUGUUACUUUCAAGGUGUCUGGGUUUCCACUUAACCACCAUUUCAGACGUAGUGCUUGAUGUACACUGUAGCUCCUUGAAGCUAAUUUACAGCAAGUUUUGUGAUAAUUAGGAUUGUUCUUGACGUACAAAUUUCCCUCACAGAAUAUGUAUUGUAAAUUCACUUUAGUACAUGUAUAUGAAGAAAAAUACAGUUGUUAAACACAUAGUAAAACAUUUAAACUGUACAUGUACACUGUACUUGAAGUCUUAAAAGAAAUAUUUCCUCUAGAUCUGUUUAUUCAUUAUCGGCUUAUUCAUUAAUAUCUGUAUACAGUGAAACUAUAAUCUUUUAAGUACAUUUAAAAUGCAAACGUGAGUUUCCUUCUCUGAAUGAUAAUAUUAAGGCUAGGAAACAUACAAAUAAGCUAAAUCAAAGUUAAAUGUAGUGGAACCUGGAAAUAACAAAGGGCCAAGGGACUGACAAAAUCUGUUCAUCAUAACAAGGGUUUGUUAUCUCCAGGUUCUUUUCCAUAUUAUUUUACUAUUUACUAAGUGUCGUUUGUUAUGCCGAGGAAGUCCUUUGUUAUUAUAGAGGUUGGUAAUAUUGAGGUUACACUGUACUGGUUAAACCCAAGAAUGGAUUUUAGCCAUGUACAUGUACCCGAGGCACAAAAAGUGCUUAAUAUAUGGAAUUUUUAAUAGUUUUGGAUUUUGCAUAGCUCUGACUAGUAGCUUUCAAAUAUGCAAGUAAAAGUUUAGGUCCAUAGCUUAACAAAGUAGUUUUUUUCCUGUGGAUGAUGAUGGUGAUGAUGAUUUUUAUAUUUUUUGUGAAACAUUUACAUUGAGGUAAUUUGAAUUGAAUAAUAAUAAUUAUUAUUCUCGUCUGGUGUGUAGAUAUGUUAUCCAUACUGUGGGACCAAGAUACAACAUAAAAUACAAGACUGCAGCUGAAAGUGCACUCUUCUCUUCUUAUAGAAGUGUCAUGAAAAUUGUCAGGUUUGUCAGUUUACUAGUUUUUGUCAUAUUUUGGGAAACAGCCAUAGUAGGUACAUGUUACAGUCAGGUCAGGUCAAGUGUACCCACCCCCGGCCUCCCUCCAAGGAUUAUAUUAUAGAGUUUAUUAUUCGAAAGUUGAAUCUGUUGGUAUUUGUACAUUUUAGAUUCAUCUCUGCUUUCCUGUAUGUGCAUUGAGCAGUGAAUUCACACAUCAGGCAGUUAUUAAAUUUCUACCAGCUCAGUUUCCUACAAUUUGAUGUAAAUGUCCUUGAAGGAAUUUUAACUUUCAAAAAUUUUCAAUCUGACUAGAUACAGAGAAGUUCUCGUCAAAUACUCACCCCUCAUUAUGCAUGAAGGAAUGCCCAUUUGAAUUUGACACUAGUUACAGGAACGGCUACCGGAUUCAUUUUUCAAAUGGUCGCUUCAUUAACAGAAUCUUGGGGGUAUGCUUGACCUGCCUUGACUGGAAAAUUUUUUAACCUAGGUUGAUUUUCAAUUUUCUUUGUCUCCUAGCCCUAAUUAUUCAUGAAUUAGGACUAGGAUACAAAGAAAAUUGAGAAUCAACCUACCGGUAGGUUAAAAAAAUCAAAUUUUAACCUGACUUUUAUUUUGACCUAUAAUGGAUUGAGUUUGAAAGAAUAUAAAAUUCAGGAAUCGAUAUCCCUCUAACUACAACAAAAAUUAGUUUUUCUGCAUAGAGUAUAAUCAAUUACCGUGUUAUUUUGCAUAAUAAUUAAAUCUGAUUAUUUUCAACAAUAAAUUUACUUUUGUGCUAGCUCUUCAGAGCUCCAGGCUAGUAAACUAAAGUAGUAGCUUGCCCAAAGGGCAAGCUGAUUUUUGUCAUUUUCAUCUUACCCUGAAUUUAUCUGUUGUGUGCUUAAUAUAAACAUAAAAGGUUAUACAAUGAUAGACAGUGUACCUAUUAAUGCACAUAUUAAGCCUAUUUUCAUUUUGCUGCUGUAAUUUAUUUUUAUUGUUGAUGGUGAGUGCUUUAAAGUGCUAUACAUUGUAAGCUCUAAGCAGUGACUUUUUUGGAAAAAUAAUUAUAAUGCCAAUUUUGGUUCAUGGCCCCCUUUUUAAAAUUUGACGAUACGUGACUGGACUAAAAUGAAUUUGGCCGGUCAGUGUGUCUGGAGACUCUCUAGAAAUUAUUUCGAGCCCUGGUUCACGUGCUCCUCUUUGCCUGCAUCGGUUUGAUAGUAAAUAUCCUAUCCCAGUAAGUUGCAUCUUGCUGCAUGCCCAAUAUAAUAAAUCAAAGAAAGACUAUCGUCAACUCGUGGGUACGUUGUUUAGAAAAUAAUCAAUUAGUUAUCACCUCUGGUUUUCCCACAGUGAAUUUUAGGAAAUGAUAGAAAUUCAGAUUAUAAAUAUACUAUCCUUGUUCUGGAAACACAAUACUUUUCUUGCUGUUUAUUGCACUUUAGUAACAGUUAUUUAAGUAUAUAUUUAAAAACAAAAAAACAGCAAAACAAAUAAGCAAACAUGACAAAUCAAAAAAGAAAAAAAAAGGGAAAAAGGGAAAAAGAAGGUCUUCAGCAGAAUUUGAACCCAGUUCGGGUUGACACGACCUCACAUAGCCACUACGCCAUUGAGGAUGGUCACGUGAUUUGGCGAAAAGUCUCAAGUUUAAUGCCUUUUCAACUUCCACCGGCAAACGACUGAGGCAAACGAUCGAGCCAUCAUCUUAACCGAUUGAAAAAAUGACUCGAAGCAAUCGGAUGAAAUUAAGGCUAAUUGAAACCAGGCUACUGACAGUAAAAAACAGUGUAAACGCAUUUCAUGACAAUGAAAGAACAUAUGGUUACAAAGCCGACACAAAUCCUCCGCGAAGUAGGACGCAAAACAUUAGCUUAUGUUUUCUUAUCUCGAUUUCCACUGUUAUUUUAAAGGUAAUGCUCAAACUCACAUCUAUUUCCCCCCGUGAUCUUGGGGAGUCCUUACUGUAAGAAGAAGUGCCUUUAUUUACCAUACAUUUCACCAGUCCGUAUUUUAUACCCAGUCCGCAGUCCGUAGUCCGCAGUCCGUGUUUUAUACUGACCGCCAUAAAUUCAUUCAUACACAUAACCUACUACACUACUACAAGGUAGGAGAUCAAGCCAGCAUCGAAGUUGAAAGAGUCGAAGAGCAAAUGUUCAUCUUUUCGUCAAGUUUAACACCUGGUCGGGCCAAAGGCUUUUGAAUCGUACUAAUUUGAAAGAUUCCUGCAUGUCUUAAAUUUGGUAAGACCUCUAUCCUAACCGUGCUGUAGCGCACGAUGCACGCUCUCAGCGAGGAAUUUGAUGCUACCGAACUUCGGCGAGCGCGUGCUUCUUUGGAAACGAUAGAUCUUCGCGCUCUCGAGUUCGGACCCAAUUAAAAUUACGAAGUGCGUCUACUACGAGUGAGCGAGGGACUCAUUUGCAUAUCCCUGUCCCUGCAAUAACUCGUGGUACGCUGGCACGUACCCACGAGUUAAUAAAUUGGGCAAUUCCAGAUAAUAUCCAUAUGAUACCACAGACACCUUUUCUGAAUCUGAGGGCAAGGGUGGGCCUUUAAACAGGAAAUCUGAGGGCACGGGGGUAUACUAACAAUUGGAAUUCCGGAGGCAUGGGGGGUUUACAUGUAGAUCUGGAAUUUCCACAAAGGACAGACAAGAGUGUACAUACAUUCCUUAAAAAUGCUUACUUUAAAUGAAAUGUACAAAAAAAGUCAUGCAAAACAACGGCAAAGAAAUGUACAAACAAAGUGUGCUGCACAUUCAAAGUUGCUUUUUGGCUAAUUUGACCUAUUGUUGUUUUUCACCGUUCUCCAGCGUUACCUUCGCUGCUUAGCAUUACACGAUUUUAUAUUUUUUUAGAACAAACUGUAAAUAUUAUCGAGAUCUUUGGGUUUUAGCCCUGGUUAAAUCUAUAUAUUAUUAAUAUUCUUAUUCAAUAUUGUUUGAAUAUUAAAUGAUUUUGCCUUAGAGAGUACAGACUAGCAUCAGUUGGCCUUUGUGUUGUGAACACAUCAAGACGUGGGUACCCUCCAGAAGAUGGAGCUCACAUUGCCUUGCGUGAGUAAUUUUCAAACUAUGAACAUUUUCACCGCAUCAUUUUCAGGGCGUGAAAAAUUUUGAAUUCCAGCUAGUCCUUCAAACAAUCAGUUGUCACAUUUUGCUUCUCCAGGGUCAUUAAAUGCAUGAAAUAGUUCAUGAUUUAUUCAGAAGAUUGCUUGCCUGGCAGUUGCCCAUUGGGCAUAAGCAAGCAUGAAAAUUUACUGGUACAGGUACUUGCAUGGGAGGAAAAUCUAGUUGUCCUGGACCACUGGAUGACUCUUUUUUUUGGUCCUGCAAUUAAUUUUCACCUUACAGAAGAUUUCUGGCUUUCGCCAACAGUCAGAGUGAAUGCCAUAACUUUUGUGCUAAUCUUCUGGAUUAAUUACCCAUGAGUCUCCCACUACUCUACUGUGCAAAUCUCCCUGUCUCUUGUAGGGGUAAUUAAAGUGGAUAAAAAUGAAUUUGUAACUUUUCUUUGCUUUAGCUUGAAUUUCAGCCCAAGCAAAUGAAAAGAGAAUUUUCACAGUCUGUAAUUCAUGUAAGUCUUUGUAUAAAUUAUGAUGGGGAUGCAUUUUAAGUACAUGUAACAGGAAUAAGAUACAAGGAUUUUUCUUCUGUUUACAGGAACUGUAAGGCGUUUUCUUGAAAAAUUUUCAGAUAUUGAUCUUGUUGUUUUUGUUGUGGAAAAUGCUGAUGAGGUAAGACUAAUUUAUUUUAGUUAGGUACACUUUGUGUCCAUUGAUAAAAAUAAUUCUUUCAUGUGGUGUCUCCUGUUCAGGAGACAGCAUUUCCAAGCAGCUUUUGUGACAGACUUGAAAUCCAACAGCCCCAGUUCAAGUCCCAUUCUAAUUACUACUUCAUGUAUUGUUUUUCAAUCUUGUCAAGUUCAAAUCCUCCUUCACAUUUGUAAUUAGCUAAUUAUUGGUUGCCUUCUGCCAGUUGGGUUUUUAAUUCUGUUAUGCUGUGGAUGUACCAUUUGUCUCAUAAUAUUGCAUAGAAGUACUUGUAUGUAAACUAGCCAGAACAGCUGAGUGCACUUCCAGUGGUGCACUUGCCUUUAAGGAAGUAAGCAGGGGCUUACAAGUGAUUCAGACAGUAUGACAUAUAUCUUUUAAAAAGAGAUGUAUUGACAAAGAACCGUGUAUUUUUGCUUUGGUCGAUCACCUGGUUCAAGAACUAAAUGACAGGCUUCUCUCACAAGAGAAUCGUUUCUUAGGACAAUAUCCUUUUCCAGCAAAGCUGAAUACUUUUAACAGCAGAGUACAAAAUAAGCUUUAUAAAACCUACAAAACCGAUCUUUCAAAGAAGAGAGAAUUAAUUUUGACAAUGGAAUUUCAAGGUUGCUUGACAAACAAAGUGGUCUCAUUCAACUGAUGAAAAACCAGUGACACAUCUCACAGAGUCACAGAUCCAGCACGCUAAUCCGGGCCUUUAUCCCAGCGUGGUCACAAUUAUUACCAUCCUCCUGACAAUGUCGUUGUCAACUGCUACCCCCGAACAAUCUUUUAGCACAAUAUGCAGAGUGAAGACGUGUUUACGUUCUACGAUGAAAACACAGUGAUUCGAAGCACUUGCCCUGAUGCAUGCUUACAGAGACAUACCCAUUGAUGUAGAAGCCGUGAUUUGCGAAUUUUGCACCGAAAAGAAGAGACGUCUAGCUUUCGGAUUUCUUUAAGUUCCACCAAGAUUUCAGAUAUGUUUGCAACUAUUGUGUCGCUGGUCAGGUCAUUAGGUUGUUGCUGUUGUUGACCACAACCACAACUGGCUGCAUUUUGUUAAAUAUUCCAUUAUUUCUUGUUCAAUAUGGAAUCCUGGCAUUUGCCAAUUAAUUAAGUGCCCAGAUUGCACCAGAUUACAUAGUACUUGAAUUUUCAGAAUUUUCAGAAUUUUCUGGGAGGGCAUGUCCCUGGACCCCCCAGCAUGUCUCGCCUUGGGCUCUCCUUAUGGGCGCCAACGCACCCAUAUUGUAUCUCCCCUCAAUAUGCUCCACUAAGGCUUACAAACAAAAAAUGCCUAGGAAUGCCCCUGACUUCCAUAAUAAACAAACCUUUUUCUAGCAGUAUAUUUACUCUGUACCAUCUGAUGUUUAGUCAUUUCUACCAGGCCUUUAAUUAAGGGCCAGGGGCUGAGGACUCCCUCUGGUUACUAUGAGCAUGAUCUCCAGCUAUGUACUUUCAUGGGAAACAAAAGGAAAAAGGAACAAAAGAACUUGCCAGUUGUUCAAUUCCUUCCUGCUAAUUUCAUACACCUGACAACUUGAAAUCUUAGUGACAGCUCUGUUAUACAGCUUUACAUUAAAAGAGGAUGAAUGUUGACCUCUAGAACUUGUGGGUGUGAAAAACCAUGUAUUGGUUUUUUUUUAUUAUUUCCAAGUACGGUCAAUUCCCUUUGUAGUGAACGCAAUAGGGACCUCGAGUUAACGUCCUCAUUAGUGAGUGUCCGUAAUUGCAAGAGUUUAUUUCAGUCAAACAUCUGCAAUUUAUUUUUACCUGUGAUCUAGCUGCGUCUGUAUUACCAGGGUGUCCACAAGGCAAGAGGCUGAGAGUUGGCAGUAUUGUUCUUAUAGUGAUGUAAUAUUUAUUAUGCCCCUGAAUGGCAUUACCUUCAGUGCAUAUAUUAACGAAUAUAGCAUUUAUAAGUAAAACUAUGGUUUUAUCUUUUUCAGGCAAUUUACAGGAAAGUGAUGCCGCUUUACUUUCCCAGAAGCAGGCAGGAAGAAGAAUUUCUUGUUAAUGAACUUCCUGAUGAUAUUGGUAAGUCAGUUGAUUUGUGAAUUACAUACUUACACUCUGUAAAAUAAAUGCGAGGAGGAUCAUGGCAGUUUAAAAUGCAACUUAUCGAGACACUACUCUAUCACUUUGCAAGAGUUCAUAUUGAAAAAUAGUCUUGAAGAGAUUGGCACGGUUUAAAAUAAGUCACUAGGCAUUUAGCCUCACCAGUGAUGUAUGUGUCUAAUUAAGAAAUGUGCUUAUGAGACAUUAGGCAAGUUUCUUUUCACAGACGUUAGCUAAGUACUUUUAAUGCUCCAUUUUCUUGUCAUUGUAGGUAACGAGAAUGGUGAACCAGUCAUUCCUGAGAGACAAAUCAGGAUAAUGGAUAAACCAGUGGGCCAUAGGGAUCUUGAUGACGGUAUGAGCUACGUAACUCAAUUCAGUUCAACUCAGUUUCGCUCCUACAAUAGAAUAUGGUAAUCUACUGGGCCGGGUUGUUCAAACAGGGUUAAGUUAACCCAGGGUUAGUGCGAAGUUUGAUUUCAGAUAUGAAAGCUUAAGAAGCAAAUUGAGUUUUAUUCUUUUUGCCUACAAUUUGAUGAUUAGAUGCUUUCAAAGGAUGAGAGAAAAUUAUGUGGGAAAAUGCUUUUGGAAAAAAGAAAAAGAACCCUGGGUUAAAAUUUAACCCUGGGUUAGCACUAAUCGGCCUUCGAACAACUUGAAGUUCUUGGAUAAAAUCACAAAACAUUACACUUUCACUUGAUAGUUCUUUAGAUUUAAGGAAUAGAAUGAUGUGACCACAAUAGACUUAAGAGAACGUUUUUUAUACUGGUAACACAAUAAUUACUGUGUGCCCAAUAGUUUACAUUGUGGCCAACAAAUAAGGACAGAAACAUGUAAUUGAAAUAAACAAAAUUAGUGAGAAUAUCAACUGGUAGGAGGCAAACUAGUUGGUUAUUCACAAGCUUGGCUGAGGAUUUGAUCUUGGGCCUACAUAGAACACAUCCAGGUUGCAAUCUGAGGGCGGCACUUGAAUUCAGGGCCUUAAGAUUGCAAGUCCAACGCUCUAACCGCUUGGUCACGCAGCGUCCUGCGUGACUGCCUCAUACCACAUUGGUCUGGUAAGUGCAAUUGAUGAGAUGGUAACUGCAAGAGAUUGCUACAUCCCUAGUGGUUCAAUCAUAUCCGCAAGAGUCAGAUCAGUGCAUGUGUUGUGAGAUGGGGUCUUCCAGAAUCCUUUAGCCUGCAUAGCAAGCGUUUCUGCACGAGUUCGUCGAGAAAGUUGGGACGGGAGCAAAAAAGAGGAGUGAACGAAACGCUUGCUACGCAGGCUAAGAAUCCUUAUCCAAGAAGACUAGAGAGUCUAACGAUUUGUAGAUGGGAGACAAAGGCAGUACCUUCCCCUUAGGUUAUUUUAAGACUCAAGAGUGUUUGUCUGUCUGGGUAUCGAGCCGGGGACUACCCCUUCUUUGACCUUCCAUUGCCUGGUAGCCAACCAUCAUAGCAUUUGAGCUAAGCAGUCCUCAGUACUGUUUUCUUCUUCGUUACUUGCAAAAUGAAAGCUUUCAUUUUGACUCUGACAGGGUUAACUGGUUAACUCUGAACGCUGUUGUCGAUAGAUGCUCUUCUUAUGUUGAUAACUUGUUUGUGUAGAUGAUGAAGUUGAAGAGGCGGAGGAAGCGUGUGCGACGAAUGUACUGGACACAUCAAGCGUUGGUAAACAUGCUUUCACAGCCAUGGCUGGAGACCAUGAUCAACUCACCAGACAACGACUGCAACGAUCCACCAGUGAAAUGCACACCAUUCAACAUGAGAGAGUGUAAGACAUUAUUGCAUUCAACAGAAGUUAAUAUUAUGUUAAAAAAUGUGGUGUAGACUGCAGCAGUGGGGUGGCAAGCGCACAUGAGCCACGAGACAUGAGAAUCAUGGGCGGUAACCGAGAAUGAAAUAACCAGUCAGUUUGCGCGAGAGAAGAAAAGGGUGUGGCUCAUGGGUAGCCAUUUUCUUCUCUCGUGUAUUUCACUCGACGGGCUUGGGAAAGAGACUGGCUUUAUUCGAAGACUAUUUAAUUCUUUUUAAAUUUAAUAUUUUCCUUUUUUCAAACAAAAAAACAAAGGAAAGAAAAAUUUAAACCAAAGCAACAAGGCUUUCAUACAUCAUCUUCUCCCGCAUUCACAGGGCUUAGCUCUCUUCUUUAAAAACUAAAUCUUCCCCUUUUUCAGCUGCACUUAUUAUUAUUAUCAUUAUUAUUAACGUUUAUUAAUAUUAUUAUUAAUAAUUUUUUUAUAAUUUUUUUCCCUUUCUUCUUAUCAUUACUCUGUUUGCUCACUAGUUACCAGAGAUGGCUACGACGAGCCAGGACAGAAGACUUUUCAAGUCUGAUCAGACUUAAGAUGCUUUAUCAGUCAGGUUGGUUCAUCUAUAUCUUCUGUUAACAUCCUACCAGCCAGCGUAACGUGUUCCUUUUUGGUAUCAUGUCUUAGUCCAAUUUGCCUAUUUUGUUGGAUUUCACGGGCUAUGAAGAGAACAUUUUUCACUUCAAAACAAUAGGGCCUUUUAAACAAGGAAAAAUAAGACGCUUCUUAUCUGGAAACAGCGCGUAACACCUGUUCUUUGGUAAGUCGCGUCUUAUUUCAGACGAAAUGUGCCAUUUAUAUGGGACGGUUUACGUCUUCUUUAGGACGCGUCUAUCUUUUCUCGUAUAAAUUGCCCAAAUAUAAGCUCGUUAUGGAAGAAAUCUUGUGAAUUUGCCUUCUGAUCUUUAGACUCGAGAGGAAGGUUGAAGAACAAGUCGCCAUCGACUUCUUGGUUUUUAACGUCAGAUGAAACUUUCUUUCGAGUUUUUGAUACCUCCUCGAAUAGGCUGCUACCCUGCAAUCCUGGACAAAACUACUUGAGAAAAUGUUUUCAUUAAUGCACACUACCUAGCGCAACAAAACUGUUUCCAAAUCAACGGCUUUGCGUAAAGAAUACCCCCUCCCCCAAUUCAAAGUUGCUUCCUAGAAAUGCUUAGGGAUCCGGCUUUCUUUAGAAGACCCAACAACAUUGCUUCCAGGGGGAGGGGGGGAGGGAAGAAUCGGUCGGUUACGAAGUUCAGAAAAAAUGCCCCCAAAUAUGCAAUUUUCUCAACAGUUUUAUCCAAGAUUGUGGGUACCAGAGGUUUUUCUCGCGUGUGGCGGAAAUUUUCGGUGUUGGCCGAAGGCCGACACAUCUUCGGCCGUAAGCCGAAGCCACGAAACCGCGCUAGAAAAGUGUCUGGCACCCAGGGUAAUAGGCUGCGAUUAUCUUGAAAAAUGCCCGUGUAUUUCGUUUAUGUUUACAGUCAAACCUCAGCCAACAGACAACUCCGAUCCCGUAAUCGGACACCAAACCUGCAGUCCCGGAUAUUUCACCACUGAAACAUUUUACUUUUAUCGUCCUGUACAAACCAGGAACCUCAUAACGGGACGCUAGUCUGAGAGUAAGCACUCCAUUUGGGACAGUCGCGAGAAGUCACGGGCGAUCCCGCACCUAGUUGAAAGAUUGUUUUUGGUUAGCUGGGAAAACAAUAGGGAUUGUCACAUAACAAUGCCUCUAUCCCUGAAAACAAUGGAAGUGCAGAUUAAAGGGGACCACUGAAAUAAGAGGUUUAGAACCGUGCAGGUCUACUGGAAGUCACUCGAGACCGGCACACCAAAGGAGACCCGACGGCGAGGGGCGCUCGCUCGCGCGUUGUCUCGCAGCGUGCUUCGCUUACCACUCGAUAUGGAGAGCUUGCUCUCAAGCUAGCAGACGCGGAGACUGAGUCCGUUAAAGCUUAACGACAUCCCUUAAGUUGACGGUUGAAACAAGUCAAGUCUAAAAUUUAGCGCAAAAAAGUCCGUAUGUUCUACAUUUGAAUAAAAGGAAUUGUAACAAAUGAGUGGUACAGUUACUGAGAGUGCAAUUCUGUCGUGCUAUUGUAAGUCCACGUUUGCAUAGCACUAUUUCUUAUAGGAUUUUGCAAAUGAAAAUUUAAUUUUAGUCGGAGUCGGACGGUUAGGUCCGAUUUCUAAACCUACUUUAGCAUGGUAGUGAUUUCUUAGGUUGCUAUAUAUUGCUGCCAAAAUGUGUUUAUUAAAUCUGGGAUGAAUUAAGUAAAAUUACGGUCAGUUGAGUGAGACCAGCUUACAGAAUUUACAAUUGAAAUGGUAAAAGUGGAUUUUAGAGGAGCUUUGUGAAAGACCAAGGUACUAUGAAGCUCUUAACAACACUGUUGUCAAGUUCAUGUUCACUUAGCCUGCCUGGUUGUUUUGCAGGUGUUGACUUUCUUGGAAGACCUGUUGUAGUGUUCGUUGGUCGGCAUUUUCAAGUCAGGAACAUCGACCUCAACAAGGUUUUCUUUUUAUUUGUUCAUUUGGUUUAUAAAACUAAAAUGUUUUAAGGUGUUUUUGCACUGUUUCAGGUUAAGUAGCCUGCGAACGCAGUAAACGAAUUUUGAUUGGCUAAAAUUUCGCGCCUGCACUAAUCUCGCCUUUCCACGGCUCAUUUUUCCCGCGCUUCACGCGGCUUCUUUUAUUUGCUUUGAGACUUCGUUUUAAAAAUGACUGAUUUUGUGUAGCGACGAAUUUUGAUUGGCUAAAAUUUCGCGCCACUCAUCUCGCCUCUUCCCUCGCUUCACGCGGCUUCUUUUAUUCGCUUUGAGUACCGGUGGCAUUAUUUUUUCCCGGCGUUUAUUGGCGUCUAAAACUGAUUUAAUCAAAUUGUUUGGUUAUAUUUUCUCCCUUUCAGGCAGUAGCAUAUUUCAUUAACGUUUUGGACAAGAUUGUCAACAGAGAUUACGUAAUUGUGUAUCUUCAUACUCUGAGCUCCGAGGAGAACCAGCCGCCGUUAUCCUUUCUUAAAGAUCUUUACCAUCUUGUCGAUAACAAGUAAGAUCUCAUCGCUAUGAAAUUAAAUAGAAUAAACUGCAUUCAACGUAGUGUCAUAAUUAUUAGUUGAAUUGAAGUAGAGCUCUUUCACGAUAUAUUUUAAGUUUCGUUAUUAUUCACUCAAAAAUAUUUCUCUGUUUCUGAUAAACUCCAAUCCCCCGGCUAAUUAGCAAUCAUUGAUUCGGCUUUCGUGUGAUCUGAAGGAUAACAUCUAUUUCGAGAAAGGUUGUCAAAGUGCACGCGACGAUCCCGAAAGGUUUUGUGCGUGGUUUUCAGUUCACUGUUCUUCAAAGAAAUUUAAAAGAAUGGCACGGGAGGCCAUGGACAUAUGUUUGCGAGUUCUAAAGGAAAGCAACAAACAAAUAAUAAACAGUUAUUCCUCGAGCUAUUGACUCUGAGGCCAUGAGGGCGAAAGGAAUAAUUGUUUUAGUAAAAUCCAACUAGUUGGUCAAGAACAUCGAGACCAAACAACUUUAGCUAGCAAAACGAGAUUCAGCCGCCAUAGUGUUGGUUUUCAAAGCCGGCGCUUUUCGCUACUAGUGGGCUAUAACAUAUAGCCUAGUAGUCGCUCAACCAAUCAGAACACAGCAUUGAUAAUAGACCACUAGUUGGAUUUUACUAAUAUAAUAUACCUGUUUCACUAGUAUCUGAGCUACAUAAUUACAAUACCCGCAGUGCAUCAUCCAAACAAUUGAUCAUACUCUUAGUUUGAACUAAUCUCAGGAGAUUCUGCGCCAGCGUUAUUGGAAGAUUCUUUUGGAAUAGUAUUCCGCAAUUAAUCAGAGACAAAUCAUCUAAAAAAAUCUAUUCCAAAAGGACUUUCACGCUGGUACCUUGCUCAAUACUAAUGAAACAUCAUCUCUUAAUAAUUUACUGAGCCAUUUUAUAUUUUUUUUCCUUCACUUUUUUAUUAAAAAUUACAGUCUUUUUGUUAUACGUAACUUUAAGGGGCGCAAUAUUAGUUUUUCUAAACGUGAGUUGUAUCUUUGCUUCUCUUGCUAUGGUUUUACAAAUUCAGCUAUUUCUUCUUCGCAAAACUUGUGAAAUUUUACGCCAUCUUCUUCCAAAAUAUCUGAAUCAACGAAACCUCGUUGCCAGUUCUUCUCGGUCGACCUCUCUUUUCCUGGCGAUAACCUGUACUGUUGUUGUCAUUUAACAAAAUAGAGAGCUUUAGAUUCUGAGACGAGAACGACUAGGAGUGCGAGAUUUUCUCAAUAGUAAGUAGUGCACGCACUUGAGGCAGUGUAAUUUUGGCGGGAAAACGUGGUAGCCGUCUUCAUUCUACUACGAGUUUUAGCGAGAGUGUCGUAGUGGCGGGGACAAGUUAUCAAAUGUUAGAAGUUUUAGCAUUUUGCAGUCGGUAGAGGGCUCAACCUCCUUCAAUGACGAUAACAGUGCUAACUUUCCUGGUGAAAAAAAGUACAAUGAAGAUUUCCGGGGUGUCUAUUUUUUGACAAUACGCGAAAAAACUUUAAAUCAAAUCUCGUACUCGUAGUGGUUCUCGUCCUCGAAUCUAAAGGUCUUUAUUGUCGCAAACGUCUUCCAAAUUUGGUCAACCCUCAGGGGGGGAUCUAGGGGAAGGGUGCAGGGGUGCCCCCGAGAUGACCUGCGGUUUUCUAAUACAACUGGUAUUGUGCAAAAAAAAAAACUAUGUGGUUUAUUGGUGUUGAAGUAGAGCAAGAGACGGGUGCACCCCCUCCUAAAAAAAAUCCUGGAUCCGCUCCUGACCCUAGAUGGUUAUGAAGCAUUAGCCUGGUAGACCGUUUAUUAGAAUUAGUUUCACUUUCUUCUUUUCCUCUCCCACAAUUACUUGUAACACACGAACAAAACUGUUGAACUUGGAAUUCUUCGAUUUCAGAUAUCGACGGAACUUAAAAGCGUUCUACAUUGUACACCCUACAGUGUGGGCUAAAAUCGUCACCUGGUUUUUCACCACUUUCACUGCCUCUUCCAUAAAGGAGAAAGUUCACUUCCUGUCGGGUAUUCAAUACCUGUAUGACUGGAUUGAUCCAGAUCAGCUGGAAAUACCGGCUUUUGUGUUGGAAUAUGACAUGAAGGUCAGUACGGUUUUUCAAGUUAUUAAAUUUUCGUACGCGACACUCAGCUUAUCAGCUUGCGAGAGAAGAUGUCUUUUUCGGCUUUUGUUUCACGCGUUGUCGAACGAAAGCCGAAAAAGGCCUCUGCUACGAAAGCGACCAAAUUUUAGUUGUAUGCACCCUAAUAGGUCAUAGAUUUGCUCUCGUUUGGACAAAAUUUAUCCAAGCGAUGGAGAAAUUGUCUUCAUUUUGAUUUUUUGUUUUGUUUUGUUUCUUUUUAGUUUUCAGUUUGGUUGUUUUAAAAAUAACAUUGUAACUCUCUUUUUUUCUGGUAAAGUUUCUUGGAAAAUCGCAGCGUGAGAGCCUGAGAAAAAUAUUAAUCUGCGUCAUCAAUGUGUCAUUUCAAUUGACUGUGUUCUCAUAGCCAAAAACUCGCGACCAAUGCCUUGAGCAAGCGAGAAGCCGCGUAGUUAUUGUAAAAUAGCGUACUAUAUGCCCAGCGGAUCUAACAGGUUGCGAGCACUGCAUCCAUUAUUAACUUUUCUGUGUUUCUUUCUUUCUUUCUUACUUUCUUUCUUUCUUUCUUUCUUUCUUUCUUUCUUUCUUUCUUUUUUUCUUUCUUUCUUUCUUUCUUUCUUUCUUUCUUUCUUUCUUUCUUUCUUUCUUUCUUUCUUUCUUUCUUUCUUUCUUUCUUUCUUUCUUUUCUUUCUUUCUUUCUUUCUUUCUUUCUUUCUUUCUUUCUUUCUUUCUUUCUUUCAGGAAAAUGGAAACAAUUACCAUACCCCAGCCAGCACGUAUCGUACAGGAAGUCUUUAAGCAAGGCAUCAAUAAGUUUAUAUGAUUCUUAUGUCAAUUAUAGAAGUGAAUUAAGAUUUUCAAAUUAUAGUUUUGAGUUCAAUUAGUUUUUUCUCUUACUUGAAUCACAAUAUAUCUGUAUUUAUUUAGACGAUAGUAACAUUUCCACUUCGGUGUUUUCUUUAACAAAAAAUGUUCAUUUAAUUUUGUUGAUCUUCCGAUCAAGUCAAUGCUAUAAUGCGCAACUUAUGUUUUUGCUUUUGUAAGAAGUUAAAGUAGUUCUGAAUUGCUAGAUCGCGUUGAAUGAUAUUUAUGAGAUAAAAACAGUUUUGAAUGGCCUGCGUUCUGACGUCUCCUAUUUCUUCCAAUAUCCGCGUACCACAAAGGAAACAGAAAGAGUUUGAACGCAGGUUAGUUUUAGAUAGAUUUCGAAUCAUUUUUUCAUGAAUUUGUUUUCUUCGGUACUGAAAAUGCAAUAAUCUUUGAUCAUGAGAUACCCGAGUUUUUUGGGGGCAGCAUGUGGUAGCUGAGUGGUUGUCACCACAGGCUAACCAAGCUCAAGCUCGGAGUCACUGGAGUAGCAGUCACAGCGAAGGGAGUUAAAACUCGUAAAAUUCCCCUCGAAUCGGGAAAGUAAGGGCACAGACAGCAAGUAAUACACCACAGAAGUUAGAUAAAGGUCAUAGUAUUUAUGUUUUUCAAGGCAUAUCGUAAGCAUCGGUCCCCAUACAAACUCUGAAAUUUUUCGCCAUGAUCGCCACUCCAAUGCGUGGGCGGCCUGUAUUGUACAAACCUUUGAGUCUUUCAAAAAGUCACGUGGUACUAAAUCAGAUAAUUCUGCGGAUCUUUAUAUCGUUUGUCUGAUUAUAAUCGAAAGGUAGUUGAGCCCAGCAAAAAACGUCUCGGGUACAAAACUUAACUUUCAGUGGUUAUGAGGUAAAGAAUUUUUGUUGUUGUUGUUAGAACCAGUUAGGUAAGGUUAAAGGCUUGUGUAAAAUUUUAUGUCAACAAAGCGUUGAUACAAGUUACGGAGGCCACGUUCACCUUACUGGCUGAAAGGUCUUCGCCGAAUUUUUUGAUAUACAUUUGUCAUCGAAACUCCGCUUUCAAAUUGACAGUUCAUUUUCCGUGCGAUGUGUUCAUGCCAGGACCCAUAUCUUCCGCCCGAGGGCCGGGGCUGGGGUUAUCUUCUCAACAGUCCCUUAUCGGAUAUGGAGUAUAGGUCGUGUUGAUGUCUUCUAUUUCCUCUGUUUUAUAUGCAAUAUAACGAGUGUUAAUACAAGAUACAUUAGUUUGACGUUCGCUUGAAAUACAGAAUUCGUUUGAGAGUAUUACAUGGUAGACUACGAGCGAGCCUGAAAACUGGGUGCAGGGACUUCGAGAAUGCUUGUUGCACUGGUAUAGAAGAUUGUUCACAUACCAAACGCAUUCACAAGCAAGAAAUCUUGUAGAGUUAAUUUCUAACCAACCGUAUUACAAAAACAAGCGCUACAGCGCGCGAAACGUCAGCUUCUGAAUCUUAACGCUGGUAAAUCUAUUGACGAAACUUAAUUUUUGUGGCUCGUACACAGUAGCUUUUUGCUCAGUUUGCUUGUACUCAGUCGGAAGAAAAAAAAGAUGUUUUGUCUACUUACAUCAGGGGUCGAGCCAGUAUUUGGCGACGUGCGAUCAGUCGGUGAUCAUCUAGUUACUGUAUAUGAACAGACUACCUCAGCACUAGCCUCCCCGCAGACUUCCUUUGGGGUUCGUUUGUCACGCAUUCAUUUCUCCCGACAAACGAACCUCAAAGGACGUCUGCGGGGAGGCUACCUCAGCACCUGAUAAAACUGUCGAAACGGAGCCAUUUGCAGUCAUGAAUACAUCGUGAGCCAAACGAUAAUGUAUACAGUUCAUUUUAUGUCAGGUCAGUGGUCCAAUCAGGAAAAGGGAAACCGGUUCCCGCACGAGGAUAGGAAAUGGAGCAAGGAAACUUGAAUGAGUGUUUCGUGGAAAGUUGGUUAGCCCGCGCGCGUAUACCUCGAACAGGCUUCAUUGAGGCGAGUAUUCUGCCGGCAUAAUAACGCAUUUUCUAGCAGAAUUUGAGCAGAGUAACGAAAAUACAAAGUCUCGUGAUAUCUAUAUUAAACAGUGAAAUUAAAUUAAAUCGGGAAACAAGUUAUAAGAACGAAAAACGCAGCGUUUCGACUCAUGAAAGAUGUUUUACAAAGUGAGGAGAAUGAAUGAUGAGAUUUGUGCUCAGGCCGCCUCAAAAGAUAGUUGUUACCGAGCAUAUUUAGUGGACUGAGCAGAAUAAGCGAUUUUUACGUUUCUACGAGCAGAUUUUAUUAAAGCCUAUCCUUAUAGAAAUGGAAAUAGAAGACGUCUAUCCGUUAGCAGGCUAUGUCGAUUAAUUUCACUUUAAACUAUAAUUUUUUUACACAAUUUCGUGAUGAGGGCGCGAAACAUUAGUAAUGACUUCUUUUCGACUUUAGCUGCAUGAGUAUAUGUAACUUUAUUUCCAAAAGGUUUAUAUGUAGACUUGAUCCUUCCUCAAAGUCUGAUUAAAAUGUAAAUGCUUUGUUAUUUUGACCGGUCAUCUUCAUUUUCCUUUUGACAGAAUGUACUCUUGGGGCGCGAUUAGAAUCUUCUAGGAAAUAUUUGUUUAUCUCAGUUUUUAAAAUUAGAAAGUCUAAUCAUUCGCUUUCUAAAUUAAAAUUUUGCCUGUCGCGUUUAUUUCCCCUUUUUU